UAGCAAUAUAAAUAUAGCAUUCUCAAAGUAUUCCACUAACGGCUUCUCUAAGCAUAUAGGUGAUUUAUAGUAUUUAUUAUAAAAAUGAAACGAAAUACAUCAAGUUAUUCGCAUUGCGAUGAGAGAUUUAGACAAUCACGCAGUGAAGAUAGCGAAAUUGGUCUGCGUUCAAGAACAGAAGAACGAUUACGACGGAGACGCGAAGAAUGGAUGAUACAACAAGAACUAGAACGAGAACACGAAAGAUUGAAGAAAAAGAUGAUUUUAGAAUAUGAACGUGCUCGUGAGAAGAAACUAGCAUUAUCAAAAAGAAGUAAAACUAAAAGUAGAUCCCCAGAAAGCCGAAAUAAAAGUAAUGCACCAAAUAUAUCUGAAACAUUUAUAUUAUCCGAAAAAUUAAAAUCUUCUGAUGGUACAUCUUUAUUUAGAGGACCAGAAGGUACUCAAGUUAGUGAAACAGAACUACGAAAAAUUAAGGUAGAUAUUCACAGAAUUUUGCCAGGAAAAACAACAACAACAACUGAUGAACUUAAACGAGAUAUUAUCAAUCCUGAAAAUGUGAUAAUCAAAAGAAGAACGGGAGAAGGAUCUAAGCCUAUAUUUGAAAGAGAAGAAAUAAAAAAUGUAUUAACAAAAACAAAUGAAAUUACAGAACAUCGUACAGUUUUAGCUGUAAAUAUUGAAAAAUCAGAAAAUGAAAUUAAAACAUGCAAAAAAUAUGCUGUUUCAUCAAAUUCUAUCAGAAGUCGAAGUCAUAAUUUUCAACAUACAUCGUCUCGUUAUUCCAGGGAAAAAAGUUGCAGUAGAGAUAGAAAUAGAGGAUAUAAAAAGAAGGAUAAGCAAUAUGAAAAAUUAUACAAUGUAAAAGAAAAACUUUUACGAGAAAAAACAAGUCUUAAGCGUUAUUCUCGUUCGAGAGAACGAGAGCAAAGAUCAUACAAAAAUGAAAGUCCUUAUCGAGAAUAUCGAGAAACAUCGAGAGAACGAUCUCGAGAUAGAAGAGAACGAGAAAGAUCUAGAGAACGUACAAUAAUUUCAUCGAAUUCUUUAUUGAGUUAUAAUAAUAAUAAUAAUAAUAAUAAUCAUAAUAGUAAUAGUAAUAAUAAUAAUAAUAAUGUUAAUUAUUAUAUCGAACAAAUUCCUGUUCCUGUUUAUUAUGGGAUUUUUCCACCAAGGCCAAUAAUGGUUAGAUCUUGGGUUCCAAUGAGGGGUCAAGUACCAGGAUUUAGACAUAUUGGUCCAUUACCACCAUUUCCACCACGAUUUAUUGCUCCAGAUAUGUGUAGAUUUCGUCCUCCAAAUCCUAGAUUUGGACGUAUGUAUUAAUGAAAAAUGUGAAAAUCUUAUAUAAUAUAAAGUUAUAAUAUGCGAAUAAUGAAUAAUGAAAUAUGAGAUGACAUUUGACAAAAAAUAAGAAUCUAAAAUCUGUCAUAGUAUAUAUCGAGAUUGGACAACUAGCGGGUCAAAUGAUUUGUAUACCUUUUUCUUUGUUCAAAA